UCCUUUACGCUUAAGCAUUUAAAAGGUUUUCGCAAAGCUUCUGUACUAGUGGUAGUAAGGGUUCUCUUUCAACAAAAAUGGUUGGUCUGGCUGCUUCAAGGGUGUGGAUCCUUGUCAUUUUGACUUCUGCAAGUAAUGGCUUCCUUGCACAGAAAGCUUUGGAUCCUCUCAGGGUUUACAGUUCAACCCCUCCCUCUGGUUCCAGCCAGGAAAUGGCUGCUAGUGGAUUUGCACGUGCAGAGUCUGGUUCCUCAGCUGCCUCAAAUCCAUCUUUCCAAUCUGCUCCACAUGAACCCCCUAAAUAUGUCCACUCCAAUGCUCGCAUGGAACCAGUUCCUGUUCAUUACAGACCUGCUGGACUUUUACCUGCUGGAUCUGAAGCCAGUUCUCCAAAAGCCUCAAGUUCUCAAACUCUCCCAGCCCAAGUUCGUUGGGCGAUCAACCCCCAUAGACUGGCUGAAAGUCCUUCUGGUACCCAAAAAAUGACAUCAGAACACAGGCCAGCUGCUUUCAGCCACAAGGAUCCACCAAGCUCUCCACUAGCGGUCCAGCCAGGUGAACUCUCCUACAUGGAAAGCAUGUACAACCAUGGCAACUAUGACUUGGAAACAGAAGAGCGUCUCCCACCCUCCAAAUAUUUUCCAGUGCGGCUCUCUCACAGACUACCCAUGAGCAGCUUUCUGCCAUUUGGGCCAUAUGUGGAUGGCUUCUGGUUUGGCCAUCCUCUCGUUGACCACCUGUUGCUCAACAGGCGGCGUCCUCCAGGCACAUACAUGUUCUCCAGCAGCGGUCUUGAGCAUGGGAAGAACCACUGGCAUGACACCCACUCUGUCAGAGAUGUUCCAGCAAGCACCCAACAAUUCCAGCCCUUCCCACAGUCUAAAAGCAUAAAGCAGUCUGCCCAACAUGCCCGCAGUGUUGGGAAGGCUGGUUAUGGUCCCAGUGGAGAAGUAACUGGGUAGGACCAGGCCUACAGCUUGUUAGUAAGGUUUCCUGCUUAAGGCCAGGGUGUCUGUGUCAGAGCUCCCCUAGCAGGUGGAUGGAACAUGACUAUCUGACAGCAAGAGAUGUUUUGAAAGUAGUAUUUUUGAAGGCUUAAUCUUCAGGGUUUGUCUUCCACUGGUCAAGUGUUGUAAGCCUUGUUUGGACUCUAAUAAAGAUCUCCACUCUUCUUAAACACUGGAA